AUGCCCAUGAUGAUUUCCAGAGGGGACACCAGGGCAUCAAACGGACUCACGAAAAAUUGCGCUCUGAAUUCUACUGGCCUGGGAUGUGGUCCAUCUCCUGGGAAUACCGAACCAAGACGUCCAUUUGAAGUGGUCUCGAUGGAUUUCGUGACACACAUGCCGAAGUCGGACCGGGGAAAUACUUCCUUGCUUUUAUUUCAAGAUAUGUUCUUAGGAUUCGUGAUGUGUAAACCAAUGUCCUCCACGACGGCCCAGGAUAUAGCCGAUGCAUAUGAGGAACAGGUGUUCAGGAUGUUUGGCGGUUCAGAAAUUAUCCGCCAUGAUCAAGAUCCAAGAUUCAUGAGUGAAGUCUUUACUCGAUUCAGGGAACUCCUGGGCAGCCGUCAGAGAUCCACCCUGAGUUACCGACCCCAAGCAAAUGGAUAA